AUGGGCAAUUGCCUCAGUUCUACCAGCGAGGAAGCGGAAAAGAAGAAAAAGAGCCAGGCCAUUGAUCGUAUAAUCGAGGAGGAUUCCAAGAGACUGAAGAAAGAAUGCAAGAUCUUACUACUAGGCUCCGGCGAGAGCGGAAAGUCGACCAUUGUCAAGCAGAUGAAGAUUAUUCAUCUCAAGGGCUACUCCGAUGAGGAGCUCUACAACUACAGACCGACAGUCUUCAAGAACUUGGUCGAAUGCGCCAAGGCCAUCAUUACCGCCAUGCAACAGUUUGGCAUUGAGCCUCAAAUAGAUGAAAAUCGCCAAUACAUGGCCUUUUUGAUGGACUACCAAGCAGAGUCAGGCCCUCAGGCUCAGAUCGAUCCACAAGUCGGCACAGCUGUGCAGUCGCUCUGGUCAGAUCCCGCCAAAGAUCGGCUGAUGGAGCACCAGACCGAAUUCUAUCUAAUGGACUCGGCCGAAUACUUUUUCCAGGAAGCGAUGCGCAUCGUCGCACCAGGCUACCUCCCAAAAGAAAUGGAUGUCCUGCGUGCUCGAACCAAGACAACUGGUAUCUACGAAACCCGUUUCCAAAUGGGUGCCCUCAGCAUUCACAUGUUCGAUGUCGGCGGACAGCGCAGCGAGAGAAAGAAAUGGAUUCACUGUUUCGAGAAUGUGACGUCAAUUAUCUUUUGCGUCGCCCUCUCUGAAUAUGAUCAGGUGCUCUUGGAAGAGAGCAGUCAGAAUCGCAUGAUGGAGAGCCUCCUCCUCUUUGAUUCGGUCGUCAACUCGCGAUGGUUCAUGCGAACGAGCAUCAUUCUGUUUCUCAACAAAGUCGAUAUUUUUAAGCAAAAGCUCACUCGAUCGCCACUAGCCAAUUACUUCCCCGACUAUUCCGGCGGCAACGACGUCAACAAAGCCGCCAAGUACCUAUUAUGGAGGUUUAAUCAGGUCAACCGAGCGCACCUUAAUCUCUAUCCUCAUUUGACACAAGCCACGGAUACCUCAAACAUUAGGCUGGUCUUUGCUGCGGUCAAGGAGACUAUCCUCAGCAACGCGCUUAAAGAUACCGGCAUCAUAUGA